AUAUAGACCGUUCUACAAUAACGGACACAGCCAGUGAAUCAAAUAUAAGUGAGAAUCUGGAGGAUUUAUGCGAUCACAGCGCGGACGCGAGUGUGCGGGAGUGGUUGCGUCGAGCGGCGGACGCGCAGAGACCGCGUUGUCUUCCCGAUGGAGACACCUGGACUGAGAUCGAUCUCGACUACUCCAGUCCUGAGGAGAUUAGCUUCGAAAAAUGUUCACUGCGACCUCGUUCGACUCCUGACAAAACGCCAUCGCCGCCAAGCCCGAUGGAGUCCAAAGUGUCGGCGGCCUCACCGCGCCGUAUCAUCCGUGUUGCGGAGCGCAGCGCCCUUCGCAACGAGGAAAGACUGAGGAACGAACUGCGCGCGGAAUUUCAAAAUGCUAGGCGACAAAGCCUCGAUGCUCUGCUGUAUGACACCGGGGAACGGGUUAAGGAGAUGUUCCAAGGUUUGUCUCUGUUUGGCGAUCGUAGAGGUUCAGGUUCUGCGCCGCGAACACCCCGGCGUCGGUCGCCCACUGCUUCUUCCGCGUCGUCCGACCGUCACUCAGACACCGACAGCAUACCCAGCGUGGAAAUGCUGACCGAUGACCAGAUAGCGUCGUUGAUGCUGGACGCUCAGCUUGAAGCGGUUUGCGAGCGGCUAGCCGGCGUCGCAGUCAAACAGCCGAGAUCACCUCACUCUCCUGUACCGCGAUUUUGA